ACUCGCGUUGGCAUUCUUUUGUUGGCAGUUCUGCUUGGCUUUUGGUCAGGUUAAUGGAACAACGGCUUAUUCACCACCAAAAGCACCACCUGUGGUUCGCCCACUGCCAGGUGAUAGUCCGAGGAGAGCUCCACCACCGAUCAGACCUGUUCCAAGACCACCGCCACCCAGGCCAAAACCACCACCGCUUCCAGGCCAACACCACCGCGAUUUGUUCGACCUCCUACAGCACCACCCAUCAAGAUACCAACGAUUCCGCGACCCAAACCCACCAGACGAGUUAUCAUAACAAGGAGACCGACAAUAAGGAGCCCCAAGCCACCAGUGACACCAAGACCCGUCUUAAUACCAACCACUCGAAGAUUUCUGAUUUGGUCACGAAUUCCAACUAGAAUAUUACCCACUAGACCAAAUAUAAGGCCCACCUUAUGGACUAGGCCACCAGUGCGUCCUCCAUUACCAACUAUACGUCCAACACGUCCCAGAGUGGGUCCUACCUUAUGGACAAGACCUCCAGUACGACCAACCAUUAGACCUACGAUAAGACCACCAGUAACCAAUCGACCCAUUCCGACAAAUCCCACAAGAAGAGCAACCUUAUGGACAAGACCCCCCAUUGGAUCCUCUCCGCCCACAAGACCUCCAGUUAGAGCCACCCAACCUCGGUCGACUUUAUGGACUAGGCCCCAAGUUAGAACCACUAGACGUUUAACUUUUAUUUUUAACGAACCCACGACACCGAUUGUACGACCCAUUCAAACCACAAGACCUCCAAAUCCGGACAUAACUCGAUCCACAAGAAGCCUGAUAUUUGUGUUUCCAAGGGAUACCACUUCAAUCGCUCGUCGGACCAAUUGGACUGUUCAUCCGACAAAUCGUCCGAGAAGAGGAUUUUUAGUUACCACUAUGAGAGCAUAA